AACCAGUUUGAGUUGUGUUCUGUCCUGUUUUCUAUUUCUGCCGUUUCACAGAUUUCAAAAGCCUUUAUAAUUACUCUUCUCUCUGUGCUGACUAUUUAUUUAUUCUUUUCUUUUACGAUUACUUCCAUUCCAUAACCAUAACCACAACCCAUUAUCAUAAUUAUUCAACUCCUCCUUAUCCAAACUUUUUGGCUUAUUAGAUCGUAUACGCAACAAAAGAUUCUUAUUAUUAUUUGAAUGGUGCUUAACAAGCUUGGAGGACGACCAGAAGAAGAAGAAGACUCGAAGAAGAAGAACAACAACACCACCAAGUUGGGAAUGCAACUGGGAAACUAUGAACUGGGAAGGACUUUAGGAGAAGGUAAUUUUGGAAAAGUUAAAUUUGCUAAGAAGUUAGAUUCUGGUCAUGCUUUUGCUGUCAAAAUUCUUGAGAAGAAAAGGAUCAUCGACCUUAAAAUCACUGAUCAGAUCAAGAGGGAGGUUGCCACCUUGAAGCUCCUCAAACAUCCAAACGUUGUCAGAUUACAUGAGGUCUUGGCAAGCAAGAGCAAGAUCUAUAUGGUCUUAGAAUACGUUACCGGUGGAGAGUUGUUUGACAGAAUUGCAUCUAAGGGAAGACUUCCUGAAGUUGAAGGAAGGAAGCUCUUUCAGCAGCUGAUUGACGGCGUCAGUUACUGCCAUAACAAAGGUGUCUUUCACAGGGAUCUCAAGUUAGAGAACGUUCUUGUUGAUUCGAAAGGAAAUAUAAAGAUAUCUGACUUUGGCCUCAGUGCUCUUCCUCAGCAUUUUAGGGAUGACGGGUUACUGCAUACAACCUGUGGAAGUCCAAAUUAUGUUGCACCUGAAGUUCUUGCCAAUAGAGGUUAUGAUGGUGCUACUUCAGAUAUAUGGUCGUGCGGUGUUAUCUUGUAUGUAAUUCUCAUCGGAUACCUACCCUUUGAUGAUAGAAACCUUGCCGUUCUAUAUCAGAAGAUUUUCAAGGGAGAUGCCAAGAUACCAAAAUGGUUAUCACCUGGAGCUCAAAACAUGUUAAGGAGGAUUCUUGAACCAAAUCCUAUUAAGCGAAUGACAAUGGCAGAUAUCAAAGCCGAUGAAUGGUUCAAACAAGAUUAUACUCCUGCAGAUCCCAAUGAUGAAGACGAAGAUAUAUUCAUCGACGAUGAAGCCUUCUCAAUGCAAGAAGCACCAUGGGAUACAGACAAGAGUCCAGGCUUGCCCACCACCAUCAACGCUUUCCAGUUGAUUGGAAUGUCCUCAUGCCUAGACCUCUCUGGUUUCUUUGAGAAAGAGGAUGUUUCUGAGCGAAAGAUCAGAUUUACAUCCAAUCUAUCUGGCAAAGAUUUGCUUGAGAGGAUUGAGGAUACUGUGACAGAGAUGGGAUUUCGAGUACGGAAGAGAAAUGGAAAGUUGAAGGCCACACAGGAGCACAAGGCACAGAAAAGCUUAGGAAGUCUUUCAGUAGCAGCAGAGUUAUUUGAGAUCAGUCCAUCCUUGUUUGUAGUUGAAUUAAGAAAAUCAUAUGGAGACACAUUGGCUUACAGACAGUUAUGCAAAAAGCUAUCAAGUGAUUUAGGAGACCCUCCAAGCCAAGAGUUGCUGACCACAUAACUAAGCACUGUGUAUACUUGUUCAAACUUAAAGCAACAUCAAGGGAUCUGAGCCUCCAAGCGAAGAAUUGGUGACCACAUAGCUGAGCACUGGUCCUAUAUUUACAUCAAGGGAUCUAAGCCUCAGGGUGAAAGCUAAAAAUUGGGUUGCAAAUUAGGUGGAAAAUUUUUCAUCUGUUUUGAGGUGUAUAAAAGUAAAAAAAAAAA